AUGUUUGAUUUAAAGAAAGUCAUUCGUUCUAAUAUUUUAACUUUAGAGCCUUAUAGAUGUGCGAGAGAUGAUUUCAAAGAAGGUAUAUUACUAGAUGCAAAUGAAAACACAAUUGGUCCAGCAGUUUCAAAUUUAUCCAAGGAAGAAAUAAAUCUUGAAUUAAAUAGAUAUCCAGAUCCUCAUCAACAUAAUCUAAAACAACAAAUUAUAGAUUAUAGAAAUCAAACUCCAAAUAAACAUUUAAAGAAUAAAUCAGAUCAAUUGACUAUAGAAAAUUUAUGUUUAGGAGUUGGUUCCGAUGAAAGUAUAGAUAUGUUAUUAAGAUGUUGUUGCAUACCAGGUAAAGAUAAGAUGUUAAUUUGUCCACCUACUUAUGGAAUGUAUUCAAUCUGUGCAAUUACAAAUGAUGUCAGUAUUGAGAAAGUACCAUUAACGAUUCCUAAUUUUCAACUUGAUCAGGAUAAAAUCACUGAAAAAUUACAAUCUGAUGAAAAUAUAAAAUUGUUAUAUUUAACGUCUCCUGGUAAUCCAACUGGUAAACUAAUAAAUGUGGAUAGUAUAAUUGAGUUAUUAAAUAAAGUGGGACAAUUUUGGAAUGGAUUGGUCAUUGUUGACGAAGCGUAUAUUGAUUUUACCAGUAAAAAUAAUGAAUUUAGUGAAUCAAUGUGUACAUUAGUCAACCAAUAUUCCGAUUUAGUUGUUUUACAAACAUUAUCUAAAUCAUUUGGAUUAGCUGGUAUAAGAUUAGGUAUUACAUAUUCCAGUAAAGAAUUAAGUCAUUAUUUAAAUGCAAUGAAAUAUCCUUACAACAUAUCAUCAUUAACCUCUAAUGUUGCAAUUAGAGCUACUAAUAAAGACGGACUUAAAUUAGUGGAAGAAUUUGUUGAUCAAAUUAUAAAACAAAGAGAAAUUGUAUUAAAUGAAUUACUUAAAUUACCAAACGUAGGUAGAAAUAUAGGUGGAUUGGAUUCAAAUUUUAUUUUACUUGAAAUAUUAGAUAAGGAUGGUAAACCAUCAAACGAAGUAGCUAAAAAAUUAUACAAUACAUUGGCUACAAAAGAAGCUACAGUUAUUAGAUUUAGAGGUUCAGAAUUAAAUUGUACUGGUGGUUUACGAAUUUCAAUUGGUACACCAGAUGAAAAUGAGAGAUUAAUAGAAAACUUUACCAAAGUAUUGAAUGAUAUAAUUAAUGAAUAA